AUACAAGCAAAAAUUAGACAAAGAGGGGAUUAAAGUACAAAGCAUGGAAACAACAAAAGAAGAAGAAGAAGAGAAGCAAGAAGUGUGGAGUUGGGGCGCAGGUACAGAUGGUCAGUUAGCUACUGGGAGAAUUCAAGAUGAACAUCUUCCCCAGUUGCUCCCUUGUUCUCUUUUUCAACACCCCAUCUCGAAUUUAUCCUGUGGUGGUGCUCAUGUCAUUGCCCUUUUGCAAGGUGGAAAGGUGUUAACUUGGGGCAGAGGGACUUCAGGUCAAUUGGGUCAUGGGGAUUUGCUCAGCUGCUCACUCCCAAAGCCUGUUGAAUUUUUGCAAGAUUUUGUUGUGACCUGUGUUUCUGCUGGUUGGAACCAUUCUGGUUUUGUUUCAGAUAAAGGUUGUCUUUUUACUUGUGGAGAUGGCUCAUUUGGCCAGCUUGGUCACGGAGACCUGAAAUCGCAGUGUACUCCGUUGAUUGUCUCAUCCUUUGCUUCUAGGCAUGUUAAAAAGAUUGCUUGUGGUAUGCGCCAUACACUGGCCUUGUUGGAAGGUCCCUCAGGAGAUCAAGUAUAUGGAUUUGGGUCUGCUAAGCGUGGUCAACUGGGUAUACCUUAUGAAAACGUAAGGUAUAUGAGCACUCCUCAGUGUACUCGUGGAUUGGAGGAUAGCAACAUCGUCCGCAUCAGUGCAAAUGGAGAUCAUACUGCAGCAUUAUCUACUGAUGGUCAUAUGUACAUAUGGGGAAGAGGGUUCACUGGCACUUCGGAUAUUAGUUAUCCCCAAUGUGCAAUAUCAUCUACAUCACUCUCCCAGAUGGCUCUUGGAUGGCAUCAUGCUCUAGUAUUAACAGGUAAUGGGGAAGUCUUUAUGUUUGGUGGUACUCGCCAUGGAGUGCUUAGUGAUCAUCAAAAAACAAGCAUGCUGAAGAAAGCAACUCGAAAUGCAGAAGAACCAAAUAAAAUCAUCAUGGAGCGAGUCCCGGGUCUUGAUGGGGUGAAAAUUCUUCAAGUUGCAGCAGGAGCUGAGCACUCAGCCUUAGUAAAAGAGGAUGGUGCAAUCAUGACAUGGGGUUGGGGUGAACAUGGUCAGCUUGGGCUUGGAAGCACGUUUGAUCAAACUACGCCUCAAUUUGUGAGCCUCAAUCAGAGAGAUUCUGGGCAAUACACUUCCAUAAGAGUUUAUUGUGGCAGUGGAUUCACAUAUGUUAUAAGGACAGCUUCACCGUGUUAAAGUAGCCACAUUUGGAUCUUUUUACCAGUCCUAGCAUCCAUAUACUUGACCAAGAACUUGGCAUUCUAUACGACAUAGAGAGUAUACGUUUUAUGAUCAACAGGUGCUGUAUCAUUUAUACUGCCUUCCACAAAACUGUGCAAAUAUCAUCCAUGGCAACUGAUAUCCCGAUGAGGGUCCACCCUGCAUACGGAAAGUGUAAAUGUGGUUGAUGACUUGAUGUAGAAAGUUCGGAAGCAGUCAGAGAAGAGCUAAAAGUAGUUGCACUUAACGCUGGAUCGAUACUUAUUUCCCAACAUAUUUUGUAAGAUCUUAUACCUCGGCUAAUGAUGGUGAUCAUAUACCAGGUCAAGGUGUCUGUAGUUCAUUUAUAAUGCAUGCUAAGACUUAAUUGUUAUACAUUAUGUGGAUUAUGUAUGAUUAAAGCAUUGGGCCUGUGAUUAUUUCCA